AUGGGUUGUUGCUGCGAUGAAGACGACGGCGAUAUUCUCCGCCAUCUCAUCAAUUCUUCAUCCACCACCGAAACCCUACCUCCACCCCCUUCUAAUUCAACAGUUAUCUCACCGAUGAAUUCUCAUUUCUCGGCACUAUCCUCCGCCGACACCCUCCAAAUCAUCUUCGAGAAGCUUCCAAUCCCGGAUCUCGCCCGUGCGAGUUGCGUGUGCCGACUCUGGAACUCGGUUGCCUCUCAAAGGGAUAUCGUUACCAGAGCUUUCUUAGCACCAUGGAAAUUGAAGGACGUGCUUGGAAACCCGCUCUCUGGAAGCUUCUGGAGAGACAACUCACUUGCGAAAUUCGCAAUCUCGCACCGAAUUAUGCGUGGCGACAGCGUUGCCAGCCUUGCCGUGAAGUACUCCGUUCAGGUGAUGGACAUAAAACGAUUGAACAACAUGAUGAGCGAUCAUGGCAUAUACUCAAGGGAAAGGCUAUUAAUUCCUAUUAGUAAUCCUGAUAUUCUUAUUAAAAGAACCUGCUUUAUUGAGCUGGAUGUUUACGCUAAACGAGAAGUUGCAGUGUUAUAUCCUGAUGAUGUACCGGACGUAAAGAGUACCUAUGUAUCAAACAGAAUAUCCUCAGAAGAAAGCAACAAAAAGGUGCUUGAUUCCUUGAAGAGAAGCAUGCAAGUCGAUAGUGAAACUGCUCAAUACUACUGGUCUGUUUCAAAUGGUGAUCCUCGAGCUGCUCUUGCUGAAUUUUCCUCGGACCUUCAGUGGGGUAGGCAAGUAGGUCAUUCCUAA